AUGGCUUCUCCAUCCCCAUUAGAAUUCGCGGCGUCCCGACCACCGUCAGGCGUCGCGUCUCCCCCGCUGCAAAGAAUGCCGUCGCGAUCCCGAACCCAGAGCAUCUCCAGCGAUCGGCCGUCGACAUCGACCAUCGCGCACAGCCUCAUGUCACCCCCAGUGGCUGUCUCGCCGGAACCGGCCUUUAUUGCCGCCUCGGCCGCCUCGCAGAUCGUCACCAACGACCACGACAGCCACGCCGAAACAUGGUACGACCAACACGGCAUCGAGCCGUCCGGCGAGCCUGCCGUCGUGUCGCCCGCUGCCCUCCAGCUCGUCAACAGCUUUCUCGACCAGCUACUUUUUAAUUUUCUCAAUGUUGCGCGUUCCACCACACUCUCUGCGCUGCGCCCAGCCGUUACCGAGGUGCUGAAGCCGAAGCUCGCGAAAGAUGCCGUCAACCAGGCCGACGAGGAACUGCGCGAAUACCUAGGGGGCGACGAUGAAGAUGGCAGUGGAGCCCAAACACCCGCGCGGGCCCGCAGCGCCGCUGGGUCGGCUGCCGAUUGGGAUCUCGAGUUGGCCUGGAAGAGGACACGCCUCCGCUGCAUGGUCUACUCGUCGCUGGGCGAUAUGGAGGAGGAGGAUGAAGAUUACUACAUGGAGCAGGGUCAUCUCGACACCGGAUUGGAAGACCGCUCAUCGGAGGCUGUCUCACCAGCCGUGGCCAUCUUUCUGACAUCCAUCAUUGAAUUCAUGGGUGAGCAGGCACUCGUUGUCGCCGGCCAGGCUUCCUACCACCGAAGCCGCUCGAAACUUGAGAAGGAACUCAAAGAUGGCUCGCGGAGCCCUUCGAACGUCGCCGACAAGGUCGUUGUGGAGGAUCUUGACAUGGAGCGCGUCGCCUUGGACCGCACGCUCGGCCGGUUGUGGCGAUCGUGGAAGAAAAAGAUCCGUCUGCCCGGGGCCACGUCGAUGGACCGUCUUUCCCGAUCAUACUCCAGGGAUUCGCUUCAUUCCUCCUCCCCAGGCCAUCUCCGCUCCCCUAGCAGUGCAGCCGAGUUUGCUGUGCCCGCCACGGUGCCCGAGCCAAUUCCCGACGUUCCUGCCCUUCCGAAGGCAAAUACUGAGCCCGAAGGAGAAGAAGAAGGGGAAGGAGAAGGUGAUCGGAGUACCGAAGCGCCCUCAGAAGAAUAUUUAGUUGCGGCCGCUAUUCCCCUGCCGCUUGGCGAUAAUGAUGUUGCAGAGAUCGAGGUUCCCGGGCUCGCGCGGUAUAGAGAUGACGAUGAUGAGGAGGAGGAGGAGGAGGCUCGGAGCACAGAAGAGGACAACACACCGGCACGGCCAAAAAGCAUGCUUGUGCUACCAUUGGGAGGAAAAUCGGGCCCGGUCGACUCCUCCGCCCAAGCCCGCCCACAAGUCCCUCGGAAACGCUCGAACUCUGUACCAACGCCUUCGCGCCCACGUACUGUUGCGCCCAACCCCGGAACGCAACAAACAACUGAGGCGAGCGUGGAUCUGUCAACUAGCGAUGCACCGGUGGAUGUCCAGGAAGCAACGCUGGAGCAAGCCAAGACUACCGACACUACCGAAAGCACAGUCUCGGGCGCCGAUAACGUGCCGGCGGAGACCCCCAGCGAUGAGGACGAAGCGAGAGAUGACAGUGAAGACGAGGUAUCAAUUGAAGAGCCGCGGUUCGUCCGAUCCGAAAGAGUUUCCAUUCUUGGCCGGAGUCCAUCCACGGCAUCGUCUCCGGAACCCGGAAAACCGACCAAGAACCUCCGCGUCCGUACCCCGAGUAUCCAUUCCGUGCGCUUGAUCGAGGUAACAAGCCCCCGCAGCCCGGUGGCGAACUCGCAGCGCAGUUCGGUCGGUACUGCCGAUUCCGCUUCUCACUCGAGCCCAUCCCGUACGAGUCGUGUUAUCACCACCCCCACACCAGGCGACGGUCCUGGGCGGUCGUCCCAGGGCAGCCCGCGAGGCCGGUUGAGCCCCGUGACCACGCCGGAACCCGGAGUGAAGCCGAGCAACGAACUAGCCGAGCGCGCUUUAUCCACCGACCCAGAGGAGCCGGCCACACCUCCCAGGGCCAUCAUCAACAAGCUUACCGUCCUCCCGGCCACCUCUUCGCCCGCAUCCACGGCCUCCAAGACCAGCGGCGACUUCUACAUCGAAUCGAUGCCCGUACUGCCCGAGGAGAAGGAAACCACCGGCAUCCCAACCCAAAGGGAUGGCCAACGGCGGUACUCUUCCCUGACUAUCCAGCCCCCGGCCGUCCCCGAGCGAAGCGCUGGUAGACAAGCGAUCGCCAAUACAUCCGCGCUGCGUUCACCCGCAGCCCCCAUCGGACAGGUAUCAGUCGAACGGUCGCGAGCUCGCAGCCCAGUACGGGCGUCGCCUUCGUCCCCUCACCCGCGUGAUCUCUCGGCCGGACGGAACCGGCUGCAGCGACAGCCUUCGGCCGAACCGGUUUCGGCGACCAAGCUGAAGGCGGUACGCACCUCGGAGGAGGGCAUGCAAGCCCGAAUUGAUGUCGUGCGGAACUUUGAGGAGCUCAUCCAGAGUGACGAGACGAUUCAGUACACACUGACGCCAGAAAGCAUGCGAGACCUUGAUCUGCCCCCACCACCGGGCCGUUCCAUGACCUCGAGCUCCGUCGUCUCAGUCAAGACCCGGAAGAGUGAGGAAGCCCGCCGGAGCACUGCCCGUCGUUCGUCUUCCGUCCCUCGCAACAGCGCCGGGACACCCACCUCGGCCCCUCGGUCAUCGGGCUCCGGGUCACACUCCCUUUCGGAUGUGCACCAAGCUACCCGCAACCUGCCCUCAGGGAUCACCAAGAACGGUACUGUUGUCCCACGGUCCAUUCCUCCCGUCCCGACGAAACCGCGUGGCACGAACGGGCCUCAGGCUAGAGACCCGAGGCUCGCCCGUGAAUCUAUCGCCGAGUUCGCCGAAUUCAUCCGCUCGACUGGUCCUCCCGGCGGGAACACCCAGCCACCCGUCCCGCUCUCCCCGGGCCUACCACCCCCAGGCCUCGCCCUGGGUAAGUCGGUCUCCAACACGAGCGCGGAGACGAGCGGGUUGUCCAUAACAAGCAACCCGAACCGGCAGAGGCUCCAGGCCCGCAGUGCUGCUGUCAGUCGCAAGGACGAUAACUCCGACUUGAUCGACUUUAUCCGCCGCGGGCCACCCAGCAACGCCACUGGGCCUCGUAUUCCUCGAACGGUUGCGCCGUUCCGGAGCACCAUGGACUCGGACCAGCUAUCGGCUGCGGUGGGUGGCAGAGCCGUGGAUGCCCAGCUACGGGACACCGAGUUCCGCAUCAGCCGGGCCUCGACCUACGGCACCGAGAUUUCCAUCCCACCUUCUAUUCAGUCUGUCAACUCGCACAGCGCCCUGCUCACCAAAAGCAACACCUUCUCCUACGACACAGCCGAUACCGACAUGCCCAUGCCGAAGCGCAAGACACGCCGCGUGCGCGACCCAUACGCUAUUGAUUUCAGUGACGAAGAGUUCGAGGACGACGAUGACCCGUCCCCCCUGCCACCCAAGAAACCCGCUGCCAAGGAAGAGAGCCUCAUCGAUUUCCUCAACAACUACGCGCCCCCGCCCGAACCCACCGUUCGGCCUUUCAACAUCUCCCAAACACGCAACGCGCAGCAGCAGCAACAACAGCAACAGCAGCAGCCCAAGAAAAAGGCUAGCGCGUCUAGCCUCAUGGCCCGGUUUACCCGACGCGACAGCUCUAUCACUGGGGCAAGCUCCAGCCGUCCCGCAAGCCCCAAGGUGGUGUCAGACCUCCGGAGUGCCAGCGGCGGCCGUCCCGGUGGGGCUCGGCCCGGGCACAUUCCGAUCCAGGUCAACAUCCCUAGUAGUGCGUAUGCACACCCGGCGCGGACCUCCUCGAACAAGGCUGCCAGCAUGAUGGGUGGCGGAAGUCCUAGCCCCAGCCCCGCCGCCGGCCGAGUCCCCAUGAAGAAAUUCGAGCCCCGCGAGGCCGCAUCGGUGUCCAGCCGGGGUGGCACGUCCGACUUGGCUGACUUUUUGAAGCAUUCGGGUCCUCCGCCUGGGUCGACGGUGGGCAACCUGCCUAGUAGUCCCGCGGAUAAAGAAGAAGGGAGUGGGGGGAUUUCGAAAGUGUUUGGGCGGAGAAAGAAGGGGAGUGUCUCUUAG